AUGGCAGCCCUACGUGGCUGCGGGCUGAUGGUGCUGGUGGUGAUGGCGGCAGCGCUCAAGGGCGAUGAUCUGCAUCAAACUGUUGCUGAGAUGAAGUCGAGUGAAAGGUCCGAAUACACCAAAUCGCACAAGAAGUUUCGGUUUUUCGAUGCAGAUAACAGCGGGUUCUUGUCGAAGGAAGAGUUCGAAGCAGGGCUGAAGAAGCUCGGGUACAAGACCAACUCGAAGAAGCUUGACUACAUCAUGUCAGAGCUCGAUAUGGACAAUGAUGGGCGGGUAGAAUUUGUUGAGUUCAUGAGGCCAACCGCAAAGAAGUACAAGGAGGAGCGCGAGCUUGAGAAAGGAGCAGACACAGACAGAGCGAUGGAGCACUUCGACAAGAACUUUGACGGAAGAAUAUCCAGCGAGGAGUUUUAUCUAGGCUUGUCGCACCUCAAACGCCUUGACAAUAUUCGCAAGGACGACUACAAGGAUUUCUUCGUCAACUAUGCUGAUCUCGACGGGGACGGCUAUCUGACAUACGAAGAACUUGACUCUAUCGAUCCCGCUCUCUUGUAAGAAUAAUCAAAAUGUCUCAUACUCCUC